UUUGAAUAAUUUCUGCGUUUGGGCGACACUCAACAGAAUUUUAAUAAAAUAAAUCCCAUCUUAAAAAUCAUGCAAAGGAUCCUGUAAACUUUCAGCCAUAGAAACAAUUUUUGUUUAUGUGUACGUUCUGUACCUACAUAUCAAAAUAAUUAAUAACAAAUCUCUUUAUAGCAGUUUUAAGUCUACAGAAAGCAGGUGUAUUUACCAAUUUUGUUUAUUUUUUUCAGGUAGCAUGCUCCACUUCUUGGACGUUGGAUUGCUCGUCCGCUUCUGCGCGGUCAUGCAUUCUCUCGACAUUUUGGGGAAAUAUUCUAGUCUAGUAUUGAUCGGCAGUAUUGUAAAGUGAAGUUGAGUUGAUGAUCUUUAUGAGCAGCAUCAUAGUGUUUAUGAAUUUAAAUGUGGAAAUAUGUCAUCAUUAAAUAAAAUUAAAACCAAACCUUGCCGAAUUCCAACAUUUGGCACAAGGAUUCCUACUAUCGCAACAUCGAAAUCAUCAAACGAUUUAAAGUCUCCUUCACCUAUUCAAGAAAUUAACGAUACUUAUCUUGGUAAAACAGUACGGAUAGGAGAUAAAGAAGGUUUAUUAAAAUACGUCGGAAGUGUCCAUUUCGCGAAAGGCGUGUGGUGUGGCAUUGAAUUGAAGAACGGAUGUGGCAAAAAUAAUGGAACCGUCAACGGAGUGCAGUACUUUUCAUGCCAUGAGCACAGGGGGCUGAUGGUACAGGCCUCUAAAGUGGUCCUUAGUGAAGGCAACUCGGAAAGUGUUGAUACUGAUAAUGUUUCAGGACCCUACUCUAUACUUUGUUUGGACUCUACAAUUACUUUUGGAUCUACGCCAAAUGUUAAUCAGACUGACAAUAAGGCUAACUGUACAUAUGGAGUAGAAAUAGAUACCCCAAAUUAUACUUUUAAUUGCGAAAAUAAAACAUAUGACCUACCAAAUACUACUUGUACCAUAGAUUCAGAUAUUCCAGGUCUAAGACAAACAUUUCGGACCGAAGAUCUCAGAGGACAAUUAUUACCUGAAAGAACCUUGGUACAUGAUAAAAAAGGCUCUUUAGAAAAUAUUGCAGAUAAUGCGGAUGAAACUUUCGAAGUAAAAAGAAGGAAGACUUCUAAUAAUUCCACCUUUGUAGCAAGUGAUAGCAGUCCAGAUCUGCCCAAUCAUUCCACGCCAGCUAAAACUGGUAACUCAAAUGGUUUUAAAAAACUCAGAAUUAGCAAUAUCGUAGGUUUCCAAACUAGUGAAAAGGAUGAUGAUAGCUCUCUUGGAUUAUUGUCGCUUAAUAAUAUUUCGCUAGUUUCAAAUGGGGAAAACAAAAACACUUCUGUAUGUACAAAUAGAACUAUUACGAAAGAGAAACCUAACUCCCUACCACAACUAAGACCAUCUCAUCAACUACAAGCAGCAAGUAAUACACAUCGUAGUGAUUUGCUAGACGACUUACGAAAGCACAGAGGAAUAAAUAUUGCUUUGGACAUUGAAAGUGAAAAUAGCAAACGAAAUUCUCUUGACUGCGAUGAGUCUCUUGGAAUUCUUACUCCAGACCAGAUGCAAGAUUUUACACAGGCCUUUGAUUGCAGUAAAUUGGUGGACAUCUUCGGUACAAACCAACCUCAGCAUACCAAUCAAAACCAAUCGCCUCUUGCAGAACAGCAUUUAAUAGUUGUUAGCAAAAUUUCAGACAAUAAAAGUCUGCUUCCUAGCGACACUAGAAAAACUUAUGAAGAACUUCAAAGUCCAAACCUAAGUAGCGCAACGGAUUAUAGUUUUGGUAUUAUUGAUCCCGAUCAAAUGGUUUCGGGAUUUACCAUACUUCAAACUGAUACGACGAUGAACUUGAAUUUACCAUUGGAUCUAGCGGGCUCGAAAGAUACUACAUUGACCCGUUGUGAGGAAACUCCUUCUCCUGAAGAGUUACCUUUGGAUAUUACACCCAUCAUUGAAUCCGAACCAUCUAAAACCGAACCAACAAAAUCAAAAACUAAUAGCAGUUUUAUUACUAGUAUUACCAGUAUCACUAGUCUGGAUACAGGAUAUCAGGGAGAUGGGGAAAUGUCACGACCUGCUAGCAGAGGCGCCGACAAUUCGCCUCUGACCAGAAGGCCAUUUCCUAGACCUUUACCCAGGCGACCUGAUCCUAUGACAGACUCAGAUUUUUUCACCGAAAGCGACGCAGACAACCACGAGGAUAAUCAACUGAAAGGCGAUCGAAGGGCUCAAGUUAUUGACGGUACCCUAUAUGGUGUUGAUCCACAGGCUGCUGCUGAUAUAUAUGUAAAUAAUCGGGAGAACAUGGAUUCAAGUGGUGUUUUUACUGACAUCGAAUCUGGUCUAAGAAAUGAUGACGAUGCCGAUUUGGAUAACGGCAACGAAUUCUGUCCAGAAACAAAUAACAACAAAACCACUGAUGUAUCGCCUUCGGAAAGUACAAAAACAAUAUCAGAAAACAGCCAAAGUAACAUCCACGAAGUGCUUCAAAAAACUGCCAAAUUUAACAAAAUUAUCGACACCUCAUUAGACAAAAGCCUGAAGGAAAAUCUGAAAAAACGAACGGCUCCAAGCCCGGGAAUUUCCAGUCCGUCCAGGAUGUCUUUUCCGAGGCGUCCUAAUAAAGAGGAAAUUACGCCGAAGAAAUAUAAGAUGCCGAAAAGGGAGGUACCGUCAAAAGUUAAGGCUAUGAUAGAAGCAAAUGCGACAGAAAACAUAUUGAAGAAACCUUUGCAUAGGGAUACUGUGAUAAAUAAAAUUUCAAAAAAUGAACAGAAUAAGACCAAUUCAAUGAGGAGUUCGCCAAGAAGUAGUGAACUUAGGAAACCAGUAAGCAAUCAAAACACUCCAAAUAAUAAAAGUCGGCGGAUUCGAACAAGAAUAGCCUAUACUCCUGCACCUUUGAAAAAAACGAUAGGCAGUAAUUUGCAGAGCAGCAUUAACAGUUCUCUAAGCGAUUUAAGUGCAUCAACGGCACCGCCAAAAAAAACUCCUGGCACAGCGAAAAAAAGGGAGGUGCAAGUCACACAAGUGCUAACUCCUAAUAAGUUAUCUUACAGAAACCAGCAGAACUUGAACGAAACUAAGAAAAAUGCAAGCAAUAUUAUUCCUACUUCAUCGCCAGCAAACGACAAUAAAGCUAAACGAUCCAAUUUAUUCACCUCCAAGGAGAAGAAACUUCAAAAGGAAUCAAGCAAAUCUAUGGUGAAGGGGGGCCGCACGUCGCCGUCCGUUCGGCCCCCCGUUCAACAGAUGACGAAGGGUCCUGUCAAAAAAUUGGCCCCAGCCCCUCGAGCUACCGAAGCCUUGGCUGUGUUAGUGCAUCAUCUCGUUUUCAAUGUGGAAGCCUUUGAAGUGCCAAAUCUUAGGCGACAAGUGGAAAAAUUGAGUCUAGAAGCUGAAGAACUCCGGUUGGCUUGUCGUCUCCUGGACGAAUCCUUCGGGAAAGAGAGGCUUAAACAUUUGACUGCAAUUGAAGAGGAAAGGGUCCGUUGUCAGAACGAUAUCGAGGAUUUGAUCGAGACACACAGAAAUCAAAUCGCACAAUUAACUAGUCAACAAGCCGAAGCCAACGAGCAACUUAGAUUGGAAAAAAACAUCUCAGAACAACAGUUGAACCGAAGGCAUGAUGAACAACUUUCCACGCUGCGCAAAGAGUUGGAUAAACUUCAGCAAUCUCACGAAGAGGCAGUCGAUAUACUUCGCGAGGAAAACGAAUGCAUUCGGGAACAAAUCGACGAGAAACGUCAGGAAUUGGAGAGGGCCAAUCAUGAGAGUGCCAAACUUCGGAAGGAUUAUGAAACUAAAGAGAUAAAGUUAAAGGAAGGGGUGGAAUCAGCAAAAUUACACAGGGACAAGCUGAAACAGCAAAUCGCAAAGCUGGAAAAUGAAUCCCAAAGUCUGAUAGACGAGAACAAAAGGCUAAGGGAACAAAACGACAGAUUACUUAGCUAUGGCGAUGAUAAAGAUAUAGCAAAACAGGAAGUCUACUCACUGAGAGUAGUUCUAGAAUUAAAACAAAACGAAAUAACUGAACUAAGAAAGUCAUUGGAAGAAGCAAGACGAAAGCAGCAAACUCUUGAAGGCGCCGAAGAUAAAGCUUCCGCGCUACAAGCGAGAUGCGAAGAUUUGCAACAUCAACUUCAACGAAAAUAUGAAUAUGAACAAACGUUGAUACAAGAAAAUCAAAAGUUGCAUGAAUCGUUUAAGGAAGAAGUACACCAUACCAGGAGGCUGAGCCAACAUAAUGAGGAAUUACAAUGGAAAUUGAGGCAAAAUAAGGAAGUUUUCACCAAAGUUAUGGAGCAGGCUGAAGAAACUGUAUUUAAUCGUUCGAACAUCUACAGUUCAAGUUUCAACGAAAAACACAAUUCCUCAAAGUCUUUGGAAAGAGCAUUUUCUUUCAGAGAAUCAUCUCAUAAAGGAAUACCAUUUGAAACUUCUAGUGGAAGUAGAAAAUCUAAAAAUUCCUCAAUAUUUGAGGAUGAACUGUCACCGCCUGCUUCCCCAAUAGUAAAGGGAGUGGUGGAAAAAUCUGACUCUGUCAGCUAUGUGCUGGAUUUAGAUGAAAGUCCCGAACUUGUAGCCUCCAGGAUAUUAAGAAGGAGUUUCAGGAACACUACACCUCCAAAAAAUACUCCCACUAAAUCUCCGUGUACCAAAAAAUCUAGAAUUAGAAACCCGCUCAGCUUGAGCUCUUCAUCAAACGCCCUCUCUACGAAUAAAGAAGAAGGCGAAGAGCCCAGAUCGUCUUCCGCAAGAAAUGCCAAUUUUGAAGAUGAUGACGUGUUUUUAUGGGGCAAUAAUCAAAACAGUAGUCCGAAGUACCUUCAUGAAGAUAAAAGGUCAGAAUUGGACGAUAACUUGGAUUUGGAUGACGAUAACGAAGUCGACCUUCAACUACCAGCGUUACCCAAUGAAAUGGACAAAAGAAAUGAGAUUUUAGCUUUGCCUAGUCCUAAAAGAUUAGCUGCUGAUGCUGUUGAUAGUAAUUCAGAGGAUGAGAGUACAAGCUCGUCGCAACUCUGAAACGAACUGAUUUUUCGCCUGUGUUAUAUAGGUAACGAGGAGUUUUGAAAAUUAAAAAGAAUUGUUUGGGUGGGUAUGGUAUAAUGCGUGUAAAUUAUUUGUUUGUAAGCAAGUGUUAGAAGUUUUGGAAAAGCUAAUGCCUCGUUAAUGAAAAUCAAGGAGAGUAGAUCUUCCUCGAAGGAUCUUAUCAAAAUUCAUGUGUAUAAUGAAAUACAUCUUCACUUUACAAUCAGGAAUGAUAAUGAAAACAUUUUUUUCUUCAAAAUAUCAGUUAUAUGAAAUAAUUUUAUUUUUUUAUUUAUUGUUUUCGAUUUCUUGAUGGUUGAUAUAUUUAGAAUAGGCAUUAAACUUUAUGAAAAUGUACUUAAUAUUAUUUUAAUCUUUCUAGUCAAUUCCAAUCCCAACAUGCAAGAUUAUGAGUGCGUGCUAAAUUUUCACAUUUCUCCUUUUUUCCCAAUUUAUAAUUUUGUUUCCAGAAAAGGGAAAAGUGACUUCGAAAAAAGAGGUGAUUGUAAUUGAUGAAUGUAUCAGGAAUCUCACACGAGAUAGAAGGAAUGGGAAAUUAUAGAAAUCCUCAAAGAGCGGUUUUACUUAUAGAUACUGUCUAUGUUUAUAAUGGUUCUAGUUGCUUCAAGUUAUUUGACAUGCUAAAGCACACAUUUAGCUGUGUUUUUAUGAAAUUUUUAUGAUCAGACCGAUUUGUCUGAUGCAUUAUAAUUAAUAGAAGUUUAUUAAAAUAUCGAGUUUGCCAAAAACCAAAGACUCGAUUCUGUUACAUUAAUAUUGUCAAAAUUUAUAUAUUUAUAUUAUUAGAAUCAGAAAUAUAUAUUGGUAACAUUAAUUAUUUAGAUGUGUAUUUUUAACUUUUAAUUUGAAAGCAAUUUUUUUUUUGUAGAGUUUUCCUAGGAGUUCCUUCACAAGGCAAAUUUGCAUUUCUGUUUAGAAACGCUGCUAAUAGUUUAGGAGCAGUAUUUCCAUUCCGUCACGAUUUUAGUUCUGACUGGAAAUUUGAUCUUCACUUAAUUUUAUGAUGACAAACAGAAAAGAGUCGGUCUGGUUAGCGCAGAAACAAAAAAAAAAUAGUCCCGGCAAAGUUGUAAAAAAGGGCUAUCUGUGUACUGGGCGGUAUGAUUUGAUUGACAAUCGAAAAAUUAAAAUUUCUGCAAAUCAGCCAAACACUUUUUUAUAGGUAGCACUUAGCUUUGUCAGGUUGUUUAAGACUUUCAUCACAGGAUCACGGCAGGCAGAUAAGCAGUAUCAUCAUCCAAUAAUUGAGAGAAGAACUUCCAUCCAAAACAAAAUUUGUACAAAAUCGACAGCCACCUCUCUAAUAAUAAACAUCAAUAAACCAACCUUUCCCCUCAGUUAUUGAGGAGACAGGCAUACGCCAAAAAGAUACUUGAGACAACUUGGUUGUUGUGUACUUCUUCAAAUGGUUCAAUUUUGGUAUAAACUUGAAGUUGAUGUUGGUGAGGUUGCUGAUGUUUUCGGUUUAUGCAAACAGGUUGCAUCGAUCCUGAGGAAUUUACUUCUUGGGUUUUUAUCCCGAAGACUAAUCCGAACUUAUUUUUUUAAGUGUGUUUAAUUUCAUAAACCGAAUAUCCUAUACCCAUGCAUGUGGAGAGCUUUUUCGAUAGAAUAAUUACGUAUCAGCCAUUUUUAUUCAAAACAUCUUUCUAUAAAAUUUAUACGUUUCAUGCAACAUCACUUUAAAAUGAAAUCGAUCGAGCUCGGUUUUUUUAGUUACUGAAACGACUGUUGUGUUACCUACCUACUUUAAAGAAAAAUAUAAAGUUUAAAAAACCCCCUGAGUAGGUACUUAAUUUAAAACAAGUAUUUUUUUUUAUAGAAAAAGAUCUCUGAAUGAAUUGACAUGGUAGCAAAGUCUAGCUUCUACCAGUUUGAAUAAAAUAGUGAAACACAUAUAUAUCAAUGCGGGAAGCGUUUCAUUCCUAUAGCGAGAUUAGUUAGUUAACUGAGACGCGGAGGACAGGAAUGACACUUUUUACCGAAGUUUGUAUACUAUUUUAUUAUAUCAUUACAUUUUUAACUAAAAAAAAAGAAUUUAUUUUUUGUACAAGUUUUGUUAUUAAAAAUGUUAUUGACACAUCAUGAAAUUCAUGGCGGUAAGAGAGGGCCGGCCGGAAGUAGGCAAUGUGAGUCAUGUGACGCUUCCCAACCAGCAAUAAAGUCGCCUGUCAACAUUACCUGUUUGAUUGUAGGUGAAUAAAAGUUGCCUACCACCUACCUGGUACCUGGGAGUAAUGAAGAUAUUUUAACGUAACAUAUGGUUAGUUUUGGGCCAUGAACGUUGAACUUCACCGAAACAAAAAACUUGGUAUUGACCAAAGUAGGAGAUGUCCACACCUCAUCCCAGAUGGAAACUGGGUUUUAAAAUGCUUUUGAAUUUUUGCUUGUUUAAUCUUGAAGGAAACUCAUCAUAAAACCUCGACAUCAAGUUCACAAAUGGCUCUAUAUUGGAACGAUUUUAAACAGUAUUGCUUCUAAUUUGCCUUGAUUGGAGUACCUCCAAAAUCCCCUGUAUAGAUUAGUUGUAUACACAUAUUGUUGAUCUGUCUCAUAUUUUAUUAAUUAACUAUAUAAUCUAGGAUUUUUUACUGUGCAUAGUAUAUUAUAAUUAACUUCUGCAAAAAAAGAUUGAAAAAGUUUUUGCAUCGAAAUAAAUAGAUACUUCAUUAUUAAAACUGUAAGCAUAUUUUGUCUUUUGUGAAUCAAUGGCGCUACAUUUUUAUUGGUAUUGAUCAGUUACAUAUUAACGCAGAGUGGUAAUUAUGUCAUUAGUAAUAAUUGAUUUGUAUUUCUUUAUUAAAUAUUAUCUGACAGAGAAUUAUUUACUGAAAUAUCAUAUUAUACAUUUUGGAAUUUAUUUGUUUGUAUCAGAUCGUCAGCCUUAAAACAUCUAAUGCUAUCGAGCAGUUCCACGAUGAUGUCAUUAGUGAAAUUAGGCCUGGUUUUUUUUAUAGGCCAUCUGUGCCAUGGUAUCACUUGAAAAUUUUCAAGGAGGACAAAACACAAAAUACCGUUAUUCCCAAUUUUUCUGUAUAUUGUAGGAUUUAAAAAAGCCUAACUCAUUUUUUCAUGUGAGACUUUUUCGCAAACUCGAAAACUAUAAGUAUACUAGAUUCACUGAAAUCAAAAAUUUGUAUUUGCCUUUCGUCAAAUUUUUGCUUGACUAAAAUUUCUCAUAAGUCAUAUAGGUAUGUUUUCGCACGUUCAUGAAAGAAAUCCACGGGUAAACUUAUUUUGAAUCCUGUUACAAUUAAUUCGCAGGAAAAUUUCAAGAAUAAACGGGAUUUCAUGUUUUGAACUUCACUUUCAAAUUGUCUCCAUUAUAAUUAUACCCACCAUUUCAAUGUAUAAAAGAUUUUUUAGCUUUUAUUUUUAAAUUUUUGCGUGUUUAAUCUACCAACAAAAGCGUUUAAUCAUCAACAUCAGCAAAUUUUUGUGCCGCCAGUGAUAAAAUUAGGGAUAAGGAUAUUGAAGCGUAGCUCACAAGAUCUGUGAAUUAUAAUGCUCUGAUCGGAUAAAAUGAGAUUGGGUAUCUGAAAUCCGCUUGUUUUAGUUUUCCGAUAUAUUCAAUUUAAUGACAAUUUUUUUUUGUGUAAAGUGUGAAAAUUAAUUCAUGGGGAAUGAGGAAAUAGCCGCUUCAAACUGUCAGUGCCAGAAACACAUUUUUUCUAAGAGCUAAUUUUCGUUUGACUUCACUUGCUGCUACAUUUUAGCACCCUUAGACCUAUUAUGAAUAUUCGGGUAAGCUCUUUUAUAGGUGCAAUUACUAAGUCGAAGGGUUUAUCGAAAUGGUACAUAGACCUAGAAGAAAAUACUUACUGUUGAAAUGUACCCACAAAAUAAUUUCUCCGAUAAUAUUUAAUAGGGCUGUACAAAUACAUACAUAAUUACAUACCUAAUUUAUAAUAUUUUUGAUUAGUCUUGUUUUUUUUUUAAAAUAUUAUACUUGAGUUAGUUAGUGGUGGCUAAGAAGUUAUUUUUUUUUUCUGAGGUGGGGAGGAUCGAAUUAAUGUAAAAUUGAAAUUUUUAUUGGCAAAACAUUGUUGGUGCUUUUAGGUUUUGGGAUGUUGUGAAAUAAUUUUAAACAGCCAAGAAACAUUGAUAGCUUACCAUAAACUGCCAUAACGAAUAUGCAAACUCAACUUAUACUUCAAUCAUCACAAGCCGCCACUAUAAUAGAGUUGUGAUUUAAUUUAUCUAUUUGUAAUCUGUAAUAAUAAAUUAUUCCCCUAAUUCAGUAUUAGAAAUGUAUGGGACGAUUGUGUGUGUGUCUUUUUAGUACAUGCUGCUAACUUCUGUAUAUUUUUCAUGUAUAGGAUAUUAAUUCAUUGUUAGUUUUGAAUAUUUUUUUAUUUAUUUAUUGGUUUCUCUUUUUUAAUAAUUGUUAGGACCAAGUAAUAGAGGGAUUUUCAGAUUUCGUAUUUAAUGUAUAAAGUUGCAAAUGUUUAAUUACAAUAAAAAUUACUACCUAUUAUGAAAAUGCGUCUUUUUAUUUGACUGGUAGUACCUAUUAGGUGUCCCCCGUUUCUCUAAAUAAAAAAAAAAGAAGAUGAAAUAACUUUAUUAAAAAGUACAAAAAAUUGUGCAUAACUACAAUAAUUAUUAAAAAUUAAAAAUCUGGGAAGUUGGUACAAUUAACGUCCUUUUAUUCUUCCACAUUUCGUCCUUCUACGUUCCUGUAAUCCCAUUCCACACCCCCAUAACCCUUUAUGCCGUUAAUUCUGACCGUGCAGAGACACUCAUAGACUUUUGAUUCCCAAUUUUUACUUAUAUAGAAAUAGGGGGCUUCAGAUAUGUUUACUUGCAUAGCAUAAUC